CACUGUCACAGCCACAGCUACAAUUUCCGAAGUGUGUUUAUUUUCAAUCUAAAGUGACAAUUUUGUCUAUAAUCUGAUUGAAAAUGUCGGAGAGAGACUACGCACCUCUUAGUCCUGCUUGUGUCAGAGCAUUAAAUGAUAAAUUGUACGACAAAAGGAAGGCUGCAGCGUUAGAAAUUGAGAAGAUGGUGAAAGACAUGGUAACGAAGAACAGACCAGCGGAGAUUCGGAGGUUGUUGAAAGUACUGGGCCAAGACUUUGCAAACUCGCAAAAUAAUCCUCACUCGAGAAAAGGUGGUCUCAUAGGUCUUGCAGCAAUGGCUGUUGCGCUGGGAAAGGAUACAUCGGAGUACACAGAAGGUCUCAUAAGACCAAUCUUGGCCAACUUCAAUCACUCUGAUCUCCGAGUGCGCUACUACGCUUGUGAAAGUCUCUACAACGUCGUCAAAGUCGCUAGAGGAGCUGUGUUGCCACAUUUUGUUGAAAUAUUCAACGCUCUAGCCAACCUAGCCGCAGACCCUGACCAAAAUGUCAAAAACGGCUCAGAACUUUUGGACAGGCUGAUGAAGGACAUAGUGACGGAGAGUGCCACUUUUGAUCUGGUCGGAUUCAUGCCAUCGCUUCGUGAUAGGAUUAGAACCAAGAACACUUUUGCACGACAGUUCAUAAUAUCUUGGAUAUCCGUCUUGGACGCCGUGCCUGACAUAGACCUCAUAAUUUUCCUUCCUGAGAUUCUGGACGGUCUUUUCGUCAUCCUUGCUGAUCCGACAUUGGAAAUCAAGAAAAUGUGUGAAAACGUUCUGAGCGAGUUCCUGAGGAGCAUUAAGCAAGACCCUGGAAGAGUAGAUUUUGCUGGAAUGAUCAACAUUCUCAUCAGCCACUCACAAGCCACUGAUGAUCUUGUACAGUUCACCGCCAUCACUUGGAUCAAGGAGUUUGUGCAGCUCGCUGGCAAAGAGAUGCUUCCGUUCACAUCUGGUAUCAUGAUGGCCAUCCUGCCUUGCUUGGCUUUCGACACAGACGCCAGGAAAAAUAUCAAGGAUACAGCAAAGGCAGUUAACUACAGCCUCAUGAAGUUGAUAUCCUUAGAAGAUGACUUUGUACCUGAACCCGUAGAAGUUAAGACGGAAGGAGACAGUGGGAUGGACUCGCAACUUGAUCUGCCGUCCGUAGUCAAUGUUUUGACCAGACAGCUGCUCCACAACUCUGUACAGACCAAGGUGGCAGUGCUGCGGUGGAUCUAUCAUCUACACACUAAGUUGCCUCACAGGAUGAUGUGUCACGUAGAUGAAUUGUUCCCCAUCCUGCUGAAGGUAUUGAGCGAUUCAUCAGACGAAGUGGUUCAGAACGACCUAGAAGUUUUGGCAGAGGUAAUGUCAAGGCAUCCGACUGACAAUAAACUAGCAGAAGACCACGGUGAGAGCAAACAGCUGAUGAACCCUUACUUCACCAAGUUCAUCACGAGUCUGCUUAAACAGUUUAGUUGUGAUAAACACCUGCUUGAGGACCGAGGCUCUUUUAUAAUCAGACAGCUGUGUGUCCUGUUGAACUCCAAGGACAUCUAUCUGACGCUGGCUCAGAUCCUGAUGACUGAAGAGAACCUAAAGUUCGCCAGUAUCAUGAUCGAGACACUCAACAUGAUAUUGCUGACGUCAUCGGAACUGUUUGAGCUGCGGUCACAGUUGAAAGACCUCAAGAGUGAGGAGAGCCGAUAUCUGUUCCUGAGUCUGUACAAGUGUUGGUGUCACAACCCUGUGGCUACCAUCGCUCUGUGUCUGUUGACGCAGAACUAUGCUCACGUCUGCGAACUCAUCAGGAUAUUUGGAAACCUUGAAAUCACUGUGGACUUGUUGAAAGAAGUUGACAGGUUAAUACAACUUCUAGAAUCGCCGAUAUUUACAUAUCUGAGGCUGGAGUUGCUAGACGCUCCGCACAAUGAACACCUUGUACGAGCACUGUAUGGUCUACUCAUGUUGUUACCACAAGCUGAUGCCUUCCAUACACUACGUCACAGACUGGACUGUAUUCCCAGACUACAGCUGUACCACCAAGAUAACUUAGUCGCAACACCUGCUCAAGCACUACAACCUCCCCAAUCACCACUGUUGAACGAAACUAGCUUUUUACGCAGGAGAAUCAGCAGUGUUACCGGAAGACAAGAAUCAAAGCCAAAAGAGGUGAAAAAAGAAGCCAACAACUCGAUAGACUUCAAUCAGUUGGUCGAACAUUUUGUACAAGUUCAAGAAAAACAUCGCCAGCACAAAAUCGCUGCUAGGAGUGUUGCAAUGUUAGAAAAAGGAGUAAAAAAUAUAGAAACAUAGUUUUUGUAAUAAGA